AUGGCGUGCAAGAUCUCAGAGUACAUUGUACCAAACUUGCGGCCCACAGGCGCCCUUUACGACGAACACGGCAAACUGGUGGAGUGGUGGUCUCGCGAGACCCACCGCAAGUUCAUCAUUGGCGCCCGCUGUCUCUCCGAGCAGUACGACCAGUUCAACAACCCCAUCACCGGAAUGAAGUUGAGCGUCAACAACACCCUGGAGACGAGCAUUGCCGACAACGCGGGCCUGCGACUCGCCUUCAAGGCCUUCCGGGUGUACAUGACCAAGUACGAGGAGCGCUACGGCAUGUACUCCAUACCCGGAAUGGAGCCCUGGACCAUGGAGCAGGUCUUCUUCAUCGCGUACGCCCUGUCGCGAUGUGAGGUCUCCCGGAAGCGCUCCAUGUACUUCUACCUGCGCCCCCGUGACCAGAUACCCAACCGCUUCCGGACCAUCAUCCCGCUGAUGAAUUUCGAGCGGUUCUCGGCCAUCUUCAGCUGCAAGGUCGGCACCAUCAUGAACCCGGACCAGAAGUGCAUUGUCUGGUAG